AUGUCGAACAACGCCAACGCCCCAGCUUCCUGGGAAGAUGAAGCCGAAGAAGUCACCCACCAGGCUCAAAACCUAAACCUCAACCAAGGCCAACCCCGCCAACAACAGCCACAACAACAACAGCAGCAGCAGCAACAGUUCAGACCAAACUUCAACGCUGCUUCUUUCCAACCAGGCGCCCAAUCGUUCAUUCCCGGUCAAAACUGGAAUACAGGUACACAGCAACAAUACGGUGGAUACGGAGGUGGCUCUGGCUAUGGUCAGCAAGGUUAUCAGGGUUAUCAGGGUUUUGGAGGUCAACAACAACAACAGCAACAGUAUGGAGGUUAUCAGGGAUAUCAGGGAGGUGGUCAGGGUGGAUACCAGGGGUAUCAAGGUCAGGGUGGAUAUAAUAACAACCAAGGAUAUCAGGGAUAUCAAGGUGGUGGAUAUCAACAGCAGCAGAGGGGGGGACAACAGGGUUAUCAACAGGGACAGCAGGGACAAGGACAACAGCAACAGGGACAACAGCGACAGCAACCGUUCCAGCCAACGGCGAUAGCUAAGAAGGAUGAUAAGAAAGUAGAGAAUACACCGGCUCCUACGGCGACUACCUCUGCUGCUGCUGCUACACCGGUUGCUGCACCGGUUGCUGCACCGAAGGAGGAUGCUAAACCCGUUGUUAAGAGUCUUGCGGCUGCGACUGGCGGUGCAGCAAAGGUUUUGACGAUUGGAGGUGCUUCUUCGAGCGGUUCGUCGGGUUCAGCGGCACCGAAGGCCGAGAAAAAGAAGGAGACUACUGCUCCUGCAUCUGGGGCUUCGGCGGAGAAGUCGGCACCGGAGGCUGGGAAUAAAGCUACUGCUGCUAAGAAGAUUACAGGAGAGAAGACGGCUAGUACAGCGAAGAAGGCUGGUAGCGGAACUACAUCGCCUGCUCCACCGGCUAAGGUUCCGGAGAAGAGAGAAGUCGAUGCUGUUUCGAAGGAGCAGGAGGCUGAUGUUGAUGAAGAAACUUUGGCAGGGAUGUACGGCAAGGAACACGUGAACGUUAUCUUCAUCGGUCACGUCGAUGCCGGUAAAUCCUCUUUGGGUGGUGCCAUCCUCUACGCCACAGGCAUGGUUGACGAACGAACAAUGGAUAAAUUCAAGAAAGAUGCCAAAGACGCCGGUCGUGAGUCUUGGUACCUAUCCUGGGCUCUCGAUUUGACCAAGGAAGAAAGAGCCAAGGGUAAAACCGUUGAAGUCGGUCGAGCAUUCUUCGAGACAGAAAGGCGUAAAUACAGUAUUCUCGAUGCACCGGGACACAAGACCUUUGUACCAAGUAUGAUUGGAGGUGCCAGUCAGGCUGAUGUUGGUAUUUUGGUUAUUUCGGCAAGAAAGGGAGAGUACGAAACUGGGUUUGAGAAGGGUGGACAGACUAGGGAGCACGCUGUGCUUGCUAAGACUCAGGGUGUGAAUAAGUUGAUUGUGGUGGUGAAUAAGAUGGAUGAUCCGACAGUCGAGUGGAGUAAGGAGAGAUUUGACGAGUGCACGACUAAGUUGUUGCAGUUCUUGAGGGCGACAGGGUAUAAUCCUAAGACAGAUGUUACAUGCAUGCCGGUAUCUGCAUUGACGGGACAGGGUCUUAAGAACAGAAUCGAUCCUAAGCUCUGCUCGUGGUAUAAUGGCCCUUCGCUGCUGGAGUUCUUGGAUAAUAUGCAAGGACUUGAGAGAAAGGUUAAGGCGCCAUUCAUGAUGCCCGUCAACGGAAAGUACAAGGAUAUGGGUACUAUGGCCGAAGGCAAGAUCGAAUCUGGUGUCAUCCAAAAGGGUCAAACCAUCCUUAUGAUGCCCGGAAAAGUCCAAACUGAAAUAACAGCCAUCUACUCCGAAUCCGACGAAGAACUACCCCACGCCAUGUGUGGUGACCAAGUCCGUCUCCGUCUCCGAGGUGUCGAAGAAGAAGACAUCCUCCCAGGAUAUGUCUUGUCCUCCGUCCGAAGCCCCGUCAACUGUGUCUCUGCAUUUGAAGCUCAAAUCCACAUCAUCGACUUGAAGAGUAUUUUGACCGCUGGGUUCAAUUGUGUGAUGCACGUUCAUGCUGCUAUCGAGGAAGUCAAAUUUGAGGCGUUGUUGCAUGCCUUGGAGAAGGGCACCGGGAGGAAGAGUAGGAAGCCGCCAAAUUUUGCGAAGAAGGGGCAGGGUAUUAUUGCGAGGUUGGAGACUGUUAGCGGUAGUCCUUUCUGUAUCGAACGGUUUGAGGAUUAUGCCCAGAUGGGACGGUUUACUUUGAGAGAUCAGGGACAAACUAUUGCCAUUGGUAAGAUUACUAAGCUUAUCUCUUCGGAUUCUUAA